CCUCUUAGUGGGAUUCUAUUCAUUAUUGCUUGUGCUCUGUAAAAGAGUGAAGAGCAAAACUAGAAUAGAACCAUUAUGGGCUUCAAAUGGAUGAUUUUGUUGGUGGUGUGUGUGCUAUUUAUAGGAGGAGCAAUGGGAGUUAAGCCCAAGAAGCCAGUGGAUGUGCCAUUUGGAAGAAACUAUGAGCCUAGUUGGGCUUUGGAUCAUAUCAAAUACAUCAAUGGUGGUUCGGAGAUCCAGCUCAACCUUGACAAUCGCACUGGUACUGGCUUCCAGUCAAAAGGAUCUUAUUUAUUUGGGCACUUUGCCAUGCACAUAAAGAUGGUUGCUGGUGAUUCUGCAGGCACUGUCACUGCUUUCUAUCUAUCUUCUCAAAAUAACGAGCAUGAUGAAAUAGACUUUGAGUUCUUGGGAAACAAAACAGGUGAACCAUACAUUUUACAAACAAAUGUAUACACUGGAGGGAAAGGUGACAAGGAACAGAGGAUUUACUUAUGGUUUGAUCCAACCAAAGAUUAUCACACCUACUCUGUCUUGUGGAAUCUUCACCAGAUUGUGUUCUUUGUGGAUGAAUACCCCAUAAGAGUGUUUAAGAACAGCAAGGACAUAGGUGUCAAAUUCCCAUUUGACCAACCAAUGAAGAUAUACUCAAGCCUAUGGGAAGCAGAUGAUUGGGCCACAAGAGGUGGAUUAGAGAAAAUUGAUUGGUCCAAUGCACCCUUUGUUGCCUCUUAUAGAGGCUUUCACAUUGAUGGUUGUGAAUCCUCUGUCAAUGCCAAAUAUUGUGCCACUCAAGGUAAAAGUUGGUGGGAUCAAAAGGGAUUUCAAGAUUUGGACAAGUACCAAUGGAGACUUUUGAGAAGGGUUAGAGACAAGUAUACAAUUUAUAACUAUUGUACUGAUAAAAAGAGGUUCCCUACAAUGCCACCAGAGUGUAAGAGGGACAGAGAUGUACCAAGAAAUUCAAAAAAGAAUUAAGUCCCUUAUAAAGUUUGUGAUAUGAUAGAUUUUGAGUUUAUUUAUGCACGAAGGGUGUAAUAUUGUAUGUGUACCAAGUCUACUAUAACAUUUCAAUAAUUGAUAAUUAUUCCU